ACAUGUGUGGGAGGAGUCUCAGAGCCACAUGAUCGGGUAGAGAGGCGUUUACACUCUGAUGUGUCUGGAGCAGGAUUUGUCCGCUAUUAUAAGGCAAUGGUCCUCUCCUUAACCGAUCCAUUGGAUAAGGGCAGAAAUAAAAUGACAGAGCGCAUAUUAACUCUAACGCUGGAGAUAAUCUACCUGCUGACUGGAGAGGAUUACACCUUGGUAAAGAAGACAUCUAGUGAAUGUGUGGGGUCCAGUCACCUUUCUUUUUUGUCAGUAGAAAGGAGCAAGACCCAAAGUCCAUUCAUGAUGACUACAACUCAUAAGAAAAACAAUGAGCAAAUGAUCCUAGAACUCACAAAUAAGAUCAUAGAGCUGCUGACUGGAGAGGUUUCUAGAAGAUAUCAGGAUAUCACUGUCUAUUUCUCGGUGGAAGAGUGGGAAUAUUUAGAACGACAUAAGGAUCUGUACAAAGAUGUCAUGGUGGAAAAUAUCCAGCCCAUCUUAUCACCAGUUGGAUCUGACAAUCAAAAUACACCAGAGAGAUGUCCCAGUCCUCUAUAUUCACAGGAUUGUCUAAAGGAAAAUGAUUAUAUUCCACUGGAUCAUCAGAGUGAAGAUCUGAUCAAUAUCAAAGUGGAAGUUAUGGAAGAAGAAGACCUUUAUAUAAAUUGUAACCAUCAGUGUAAGGAAGAGGAGAGGAAUGUGAACAUCUGUCCAACAGAUGACUGUGCUGAAAUCUCAGAGGGACAUCCCUUAUUUCCUUAUCAUGAAGCAAAACUUGAAGAUAUUUCUCACCAUACUACUACUGAAAACUCAGUUACCCCCAACACAGUCCUUCCAAGCCCGAAUCUGUCAUCCGAUUUCACUAACCACAUGGAAACUACAUUUGAUCAAUCGCAGACUGGUAAUGCAAAUAAUAAUCAUAAAGAAUAUAAAAUAUAUCAAUGUUCUGAAUGUGGGAAACAUUAUAAAAAUGCUUUUAAUCUUUAUAUGCACAAGAGAAUUCACAGAGAUGAGAGACCAUUUUCAUGUUUAGAAUGUGGAAAAUGUUUUACAAAGAAAUCUGUUCUUGUUGAGCACCACAGAGUUCACACAGGGGAAAAGCCAUAUGCAUGUUCAGAAUGUGGGAAAAGUUUCACCAGGAAAUCAAUACUUGUUGAACACCAGCGAAGUCAUACUGGAGAUAAGCCAUUUUUAUGUUCGGAGUGUGGGAGAUGUUUUGCCAGGAAAUCACAUCUGGAGAGACACCUGAGAACUCACACAGGAGAGAGACCAUUUUCAUGCUCAAAGUGCGAGAAAGGAUUUAUCCAGAAAAUACAUCUUAUUGAACAUCAGAAAAUCCACACAGAGAAUAAGACAUUCACUUGCUCAGAAUGUGGGAAAACAUUUGUCCAGAAAUUACAUCUUGUUAAACAUCAAAAAAUACACACACCGAAAAAACUAUCUCAAUGAUUGGGCUGUUAGAAAUUAUACUUUGUGCUUGGGGAUACCCCCCAAAAGCCUUGGGAUAUCCCCCAAAUGUACAAUGCUCAGCCAAUAUUGGCAUGUGAGUUGGAAGAAAACCAAGUUGUUCUUACUGGUUACAUAUGGUAAGUAAAGAUAAGAAAAAUUAAAGAAUUGAUGACCACCACUAAUCUUAGAAAUAUGUGAAGUUUAACAGAUCAUGUGAUUUUAUUUGCCCAAUCAAAAUCAGUUUAGCUUUUGCAGACUCUACUUCCCAGACCCUAGUCCCUGUAUGUCCCAGACAUAGUUAAAUUUACUAGGAUGUGACAAUUUUGUGGUGUCCAAUUCCUGUAAACUGCUACUAUAGUUUGCCUUCUAGAAACAAAUAUAUGUAUAUAUAUAUGUGCGUGUUAUUUUAUUCUUUUUUUUUUUUUUAUAAAGCCAUAUUUGGUCAAGAUGUCUGUUUAAAUUAACAAAAAGGAAGACAGUAAGUAAGGUCAGUACUAUGUACCAGGUUCUGAAGGGCUUUGGUAUAAGGGUUGGGUAUUUAUAGCUAAAUCUUAAAUAACUUUUCUGGACAUCUUUGACAUAGAGGAUAACAUGUGGUGUCUCUAGACUUCUUUAUGCAUUAUUUUUACUCCUUUUGUAGUAUCACAAUAGAGAGAGAGUAUAGUCUGCUUAAUUGUUCAAAUAUUGAUCCUCAUUUAUCAAAAUUGACUAACAAUAAAAUGGGCCCAUUUAGACCGCUUAGCAUUCCUAUCUUGGAAGUGCUGUGGAAAAAUUUAAGCUGAGUUCUGGUUAGAAUAAAAAAGGUUUUUAUAAUAUCUUUCACUUUAUCAGGAAGGCUAUGUAACCAGUCAUCUAAUACCUAUAUGAAAAAGCUGACAAUUCAGCAGUGUAUAUACAUUACUCUUCUCUGGACAGGUACUGUUAAGGGGUCAACAGGCGCUAGACAUAUUAGAGCCAUUUAUGUCUUGGUGAAACAAGAUAAAAAAUAAAGUAUUGUGUGUUGGUGGAUCACAAUCUAAUGGUCAGAAGAUAAAAUCUUCCUUAUAAUUGCCAUUGACUCUUGCUAAUUGCCAAUGAAAAAUAAGUGGUUUGUCAGGUGUUAUUCUUGCCAUCUCCAUCUUUUUUUUUAUUAUUAAAGUAUUUAAAAAAGCAUGUGACAUGGUUCUGGAGGGCUUUGGUAUAAGGGUUGGGUAUUCUCAAUAAUACACUUCUACAUUACAGCCCAUAAUGCAAAAGUGUAUUAGGUAUUGAUGGGAAUAAGUGAGGCCAAAUCUCUGUUCACCCAAUGGCGCAGUGUGAUUGUGCAAUUUUCUUUCGCUUGGUUUUCCUUCACUCCCCCUUUUUUUGCAACAGGGUUUACACAUGAGAUGGUUUAUUCAUUAUUCUGUGAUCCAUGCAUGUAUUUAUUUAUUUAAGAAAGCAUUUGUCUCUUGCACUACUUUACUACUUGCAGGUCUUUGUGCUUAUCUUGGUAUGGUCUUCUUUGUCAAAAUCCAAUGGCCUUUUAAAGAGUACCUGUCACCAAACUAAACUUUUAAUAUAUUGUUCCAUGUUAUUAUAAGACACUUUGCUAUAUACUUGCUGUUAAAAUUCUCAACCUUUUAUAUUUUUUUUUUAUGUGAUUGAAAAAACAGCCACAAGGUGGCUCUGUUCUGUUCCCUGCCGCAAGUCAAACAGUCAGUUUGGUCUCCACCCGGACUGGCAGAAGUCCAAACUCAGGAAGUGCGUGCGGGGCAUGGCAAGGCACAGCGCUUGCAGGCUUCAGUGACGUCGCGCCUGCUGGGGAACACCCACUUUCUCUUACUGGGAGCUCACAUAAUGUGAGUAAGGGGGAAGGUAUGAUACAGAGCUUUUUAGAGCUCGAAAAAAAUUUUUUAGGACAGGAGGGGUGUUAGGAGUAGUUAGGGAAAAUAAUCUGAGUUAGUUUAGAAAAUAUGGUUUGAUGACAGGUACUCUUUGACCCCAUGUAUGUAGAUAUACAAUAGUAAUAAAUAUCAUUACAUUGAUGUCCUUAAUCCUUCCCCUUUUAGUGUCAUGUUUUGUUUUGGAAUAGUAAUCUCUAAAAUGGUAAA